GCAAUUUCCGGAUGGAAGAAGGAGAGCUGAGACUCCGCUCCCUUUUCCACGCCUGUGAUGUGAAUCGUUCGGGUCAGAUCGAGUACGAUGAGUUUUUCACGGUGUGCAGAGAGCUGCAAGUGCAGGACUCGGAGAUCGACAGCAUCUUCCACAAGUUGGACGCCGACAGAGACGGAUCCAUCAACUUUCAGGAGUUCACUGAAGGCUUCGAGGAGGUUUCCGAGAUGAUCAACUUCCAGGCUCUGAAGGCUGAACACGACUGGGAUGAAUUCCUGCAAAGGCUGGGGGGGGAAGCCAGCUUCAUCCCCAGACCUCAACAAGUUGCUGCCUUAUAUCAGAAUCUGCAGACAGAGCCCAUCCUGAUCCAUAAGUAUGAAUGUGUCAUCAAAGACUUUAUUCGGGACAUCAUACUGCAGAAUGCAGAGAUGGAAAAACUAGCGUUUGCUGUGAAGAGAGCGCAGGAUGAAGCCUCACAGCAGCUGAGUGAGCUGGAGGAGGAGAUCGACCAGAGGAUAAAGACAGCGGUGCAGAACACUCAGAAGGAGGAACAGAGGAAAGCGGAGUCUGAAAUCAAUGAGCUAAAACGCCAAUAUGAUGCUGAAGUGAAUGAGCUCCAGAAAACAGUAACCAAACUGAAGAAGUUAGAAGAACAAUAUAGGACACUUAGUCCAAAGGAGGACACCAUUGCAUUGAAAAGAAAAAUGAAUGACUUUACUAUGGAAAACCAGACCCUCAAGAAAGAACUCCUUGAAGCACAAACUACAAUCAUGUUGCUUCAGAGCGAAGUGGACACCGUGAAAAGUGAUUAUGCGGAUCAGAGUAUGAAUUUAGAAAGGGACCAUGACAUUAUCAGAGACUACACAGAUGACAGAGAAAGUUUAACCCGACAAAUUGAGAUGCUUCAAUCAGCCAACAGAAAGCUUCAUGACAGUAAUGAUAGCCUGCGGGCUGUUCUGGAGAACAGUUUAAGCAGAAAUAAGUCUCUGCGGGUAGCAACCUCCUCCCCAGGACAUAUCACGUUCAGAAGCACUCCAAAAAUAAGUGGAUGGCAGUCUCCACAGACUCCGUUAUAUGACAGGUCGUCCAGAUCUUCCUACGUGGAUGAAGACCUGGAGUCUCUGGCUCUUUGUGACCCAAUGCGCAGAAUCAGCUGUGAAGUAGAAAGCCUGACUGAAAGCUGUUUUGACAGUGGAUUGUCGACGCUGAGGGAUUCAAAUGAGUACGAUUCCGAGGGUGAUUUCAAGCAUCAAAGGAAUUUUCAAAGGUCACAGUGUGUGCAGGAAGGCUUCGAGGGUGACGCCUCUGACACAGAUGUCCCUGAAAUUCCAGAUGAAGGUUCUUUUGGCCACGACAGUGCAGACACAGUGUUGGAGUGGAAACCGUCCCAGCCAGUGAGCCGGAGUAGCUCUGGGGCCUCCUCAUCACGACGCUGCAUCUCUGCCUUUUCAUCAAAGUCUGACAGCACGGAUGUGAACCCAAAAUUCCCUCAGUCAAACAAAGCCUUCAAGAUCGUGCUCGCUGGGGACGCAGCUGUAGGCAAAUCCAGUUUUCUUCUGCGACUCUGUAAAAACGAGUUCCGAGGGAACACCAGCGCCACCUUAGGAGUAGAUUUCCAAAUGAAGAGCUUGAUUGUUGAUGGAGAGCAAACAGUGCUGCAGCUGUGGGACACUGCAGGCCAGGAAAGGUUCCGGAGUAUUGCCAAGUCCUACUUCAGGCGUGCGGAUGGUGUUUUAUUGCUGUACGACGUCACCUGUGAGAAAAGCUUCCUUAACGUUCGAGAAUGGGUGGAUAUGAUUGAGGACUCAACUCAUGAAAACAUCCCUAUCAUGUUGGUUGGGAAUAAGGUGGACCUGCGGGAACGAGCGAUUGAGGAGGGGCAGAAGUCGAUCCCCACGAGCUAUGGGGAGAAGCUGGCAAUGACGUACAGUGUACUGUUCUGUGAAACCAGUGCCAAGGAUGGCUCGAAUAUCAUCGAAGCAGUUCUUCACCUGGCUCGGAAUGUGAGGAAAAGAGCAGAGGAAAGGAGCAAUACGGAUUGUGUAACUAGUCUGUCCGGGACCCACCUGAACAAAAAGCUGCCUAUGAAAUCCUGCUGCUCUACUUAAAGGUGGUCAUUGAAGUCCUCUGUCUGAUCUGCUCUCUGCAUACUUUGUGAUCAAGACUAUCAUUUGAGAAGAGCUCACUGAGCAAAAGAUAAGCAGUUGAAGGAUGAGAGGAAACGAACACUUAACCAGCCCUGAGUUAGCUGUGCUUGUGCUUCAUUUAUUCCAUUAGCAACUUGAACUCUGUCAAACUGCUGCCAUAGGACUUGCCAGAAACAAGGCUGAGACAAGCAAAGUAUAUCUAGCUCAUUUAUCCGUAGCUGUAUUUGUACAAAGUGGUCUUAUUUACAUUUCAGACUUCUAAGGAUGUUUCCAGAAAACAAUAUUGCUGCUUUUUAAAAUUUUGGAUAUUAUUAUGGCUCAUGUUACCUCCAUAAAUGUAUUUAUUUUUAAAAAAAUCCACAUUCAAGUCACCUUUACAGAAGCUUUUUAUUGCACUUAGAAAUGUAAAUAAGAUUAUUUUUAUGUGACCGGAGUAGAAGGAUUAUCAAAAUGUUCAGCAAUGUUUAGUGAAAUAUAUUAAAUGAUAUGUUCCAUUUUAUUAGA